CCAAAACCCUUCUCCAGGCUUUCUUCAAAGCCUCCGCUGGAAGCUGAAGCUCAAACCUCUCUGCACUUGUAUCAAUGGCUAUUUCAAAACCUAAGAAGUCCAAACCAACCUUAGACUCAGAGCUCUUGAAAUCCGACGUCGCAUCGUUCGCUUCCUCAAUAGGCCUCUCUUCCUCGGUCCCAACCUCAGGCUUCAACGACUCCGAUUUUCGUAAAACCGGCCUUCUCAAAUCCUCAGAAACACCAAAAUCCAACGGCAACAACACAAAGCCAGAGAAGAGAGAGAAAGCUAAGAACAAUAGCAACAACGACAAUGAAGUACGAGCCAAACCCAGGGAGUAUAGGAAGAACAACAAUGAAGUACGAACCAAACCUAGGGACAAUAGGAAGAACAACAAUGAAGUACGAACCAAACCUAGGGUCCAAGUUGAACCCCGAUCGGUUGACAAUUCGAAAGGGUUUGACAAAUACAAGGAUCUCCCGAAGCUUCCAUUGGCGAAGGCGAGUUCUUCGGGUGUGUGGUACGAUGAUUUGGCAGAAUUGGAAGAGAAAGUGAUUGGAGAUGAAGGGAAGAAGAGGGUUGAGUUCAGGAACGUUGAGGAGUGGAAGGGUUUGGUGGCGAGGAAGAAGGAGCUAGCGGAGAGGCUGUUAGCACAGUACACGCAGGACUUCGAAUCGUCGAGGGGUCAGAGUGGGGACAUAAAGAUGCUUGUUGCGACGCAGAGGUCGGGUACAGCAACCGACAAGGUGUCGGCGUUUUCAGUCAUGCUCGGGGAGAAUCCGAUUGCGAAUCUGAGAUCACUUGAUGCACUUUUGGGAAUGGUGACAUCAAAAGUGGGGAAGCGCCAUGCAUUGACAGGCUUUGAAGCACUAAAAGAACUGUUCAUUUCGAGUCUAUUACCUGAUCGUAAGCUGAAGACCCUCUUCCAGCAGCCUGUAAAUCAUCUUCCUGAGUCAAAAGACGGUUACUCUCUUCUACUUCUUUGGUAUUGGGAGGACUGCCUAAAGCAGAGGUAUGAACGUUUUGUUUUUGCACUUGAGGAAGCAUCCAGAGAUAUGCUAUCUAUACUAAAAGACAAGGCAUUGAAGAUCAUAUAUGCGUUGCUAAGGAGUAAAUCAGAGCAAGAGCGCCGGUUGCUCUCUGCACUAGUUAACAAAGUAGGGGAUCCUGAAAAUAAGGCCGCAUCUAAUGCUGAUUUUCACUUAUCAAAGCUUUUAUCGGACCAUCCAAACAUGAAGGCUGUGGUGAUUGCUGAGGUGGAUACUUUUCUUUUCCGGCCUCAUUUGGGAUUACGAGCCAAGUAUCAUGCUGUUAACUUCUUGAACCAAAUUCGGUUAAGUCACAAAAGAGAUGGACCUAAAGUGGCAAAACAUUUGAUAGAUGUAUAUUUUGGCCUGUUUAAGGUCCUGAUUUCUGAGGCUGCUGGAGGUCAUAUGAUGGACAAAAACAGCAAAGAAGAGUAUAAAAAACCUUCCAAUUCUUCCAAAAAUAAAGAAAGUCCAUCUUCUAUAUCACAUUUUGAAUUGGAUUCACGUUUGCUAACAGCUCUUCUAACGGGAAUCAAUAGAGCAUUUCCUUUCGUUUCAAGUGAUGAAGCUGAUGACAUUAUUGAGAUCCAAACACCAAUGCUCUUCCAGCUGGUUCAUUCAAAGAACUUUAAUGUAGGAGUUCAAGCAUUAAUGCUUCUUGAUAAGAUCUCAUCGAAGAAUCAGAUUGUAAGCGAUCGCUUUUACCGUGCCUUGUACUCAAAACUCCUGCUUCCAGCUGCCAUGAAUUCUUCCAAGGAAGAAAUGUUUAUUGGGCUACUUCUGAGAGCUAUGAAAAGUGAUAUUAACUUAAAGCGAGUAUCUGCCUUCUCAAAGCGUUUGUUGCAGGUUGCCCUUCAGCAGCCACCUCAGUAUGCCUGUGGAUGUCUUUUCCUCCUCUCCGAAGUCCUUAAAGCAAGACCGCCGCUUUGGAAUAUGGUGCUUCAGAAUGAGUCGGUUGAUGAAGACCUUGAGCAUUUUGAUGAUAUUGUGGAAGAAUCUGAAAAUCAAGCAAGCAUCACACCAAAGAUACCCGAUAAUGAUGGUGAAAUUGUUCAUAAUAGUGAUGGCAUCAGUACUAGCAGUGAUUCUUCACUAGAUGGGGAUGGCUCUCUGACUCUCAACUCUGAACAUGAUGUUUCAGAUGAAGCAGAUGACUUGUUUGUGGGCAGUGGUUCGGAAGAUCUUCAGGAAUCUGAAACAAUGUCUGAUCAUAAUGGAAAUAAAAACCAACCUCAAGUAUCCCAAGCGAAAUCCUCAUUGCCUGGAGGGUACAACCCACGGCACAGGGAACCAACUUACUGCAACGCAGAUUGUGUAAGCUGGUGGGAGCUCAUGGUACUGGCUUCCCAUGUGCAUCCAUCAGUUGCUACCAUGGCCAGAACCCUUCUUUCAGGGGCAACCAUUGUGUACAAUGGAAACCCUUUAAAUGACCUUUCACUUCCUUCCUUUCUGGACAAAUUCAUGGAGAAGAAACCAAAGAAGAGCGCAUGGCACGGUGGUUCUCAGAUUGAGCCUGCUAAAAAGCUCGACAUGAACAACCAGUUGAUUGGGGCAGAAAUUCUUUCAUUGGCUGAAAUGGAUGUACCCCCAGAAGAUCUUGUCUUUCACAAGUUCUACAUGAACAAGAUGAGUACCUCAAAGAAGCCAAAGAAGAAGAAAAAGAAGGGAACGGAGGAUGAGGCUGCUGAAGAGUUAUAUGCAGUUGGUGGUGAUGAUGAGAGUGACAAUGAAGAGAUUGACAACAUGUUAGAUUCUGUUAAUCCUUCUUUAGAGGCAGAUGGUGAUUAUGAUUACGAUGAUUUGGACGAGGUUGCUAAUGAAGACGACGACAAUUUAGUGGGCAAUGUCAGUGAUGAGGAGUUGGGCUUCACCUCAGAUAUUGCUGAGGAAGAAGGUGAGGGUCCCAACAAUAACUACAGUGAUGAUGACAGUGAAGCUGUUGAUAUUGGAGAUGUAGAUGGUAAGAGUGAUGAGGAGGAUGGACUUGACCAACGAAAAAGGAAAAGGAAGUCUGGUACUACAGCGUCCCCUUUUGCGAGUCUUGAAGAGUAUGAGCAUCUAUUGAAUGAGGAAAUUCCAACAGGAAACAAAUCUACACAAGUACCCAAGUCAAAAAAGAAGAGGAAGAUGUCCAAGUCUUGACUUUGCGUUUUACCUCCCACCUCAUAGACCUCAGAUCAUUUAUUCAUGGGCAGUUUAGACAUGAUAUUUGAUAAGUUUUCAGAACCUGGGCUUGAGUGUUACGGAGUAUUUAUUCUCCUGAAUCGGCAUGGAGAAGGCCUGAUCGAUUUGGAUUUGCUCAAGUGAUGCUCAUUUUUAUUUCUCCAGACAGCAGGGCAAACUGUUUCAACUAGACAUUGCUACGGUUCCCUUGUAUGUCUUUUCGGAAAUUUUCUUUCUUUUUGUAAAACUAUUGAUCUAUAUGAUAGAUUUUUUUUUUUAUUUUAA